AUGGACAACCUGCAGGAGCCCUUCCCCAGCCUUGAGGAUGGCUUGGGUGCCUCCAACAGCCCCGGCCUGCUGUCCUCCUGGGACUGGAAAAGCCAGGCAGGGCCCUUUGAGUUGAACCAGGCCUCCCCAACUCAGAGCCUCUCUCCAUCUCCAUCGCUGGAGUCCUAUUCUUCUUCACCGUGUCCAGCUAUGGCUGGGCUGUCCUGUGGGCAUGGAGGAGCCAACAGUGGGGGCAGCGAUGGCUGCAGUGGCCAUGGGCCAGGUGACCUGGUGGAGGUGGACUACAAUAUGUUAGCUUUCCCGCCUGCCUAUCUGCAGGGUGCUGGUGGCCCCAAGGUCCAGAAGGGCACCAAAGUCAGGAUGUCUGUCCAGCGGAGACGGAAGGCCAGCGAGAGGGAGAAGCUCCGGAUGAGGACCUUGGCAGAUGCCCUGCACACCCUCCGGAAUUACCUGCCACCUGUCUACAGCCAGAGGGGCCAGCCGCUUACCAAGAUCCAGACGCUGAAGUACACCAUCAAGUACAUCGGGGAGCUCACAGACCUCCUGAACAGUGGGAGAGAGCCUAGGCCCCAGAGUGCUUGA